AUGACACGGAAUACUUCAGAGACACUUUUCACCUGUUCGGUAUCACUGAGCAGACCGUUACGGAGACUCUCCAACACAGCUCAGCCGUCACAGCUCAUGCCUACACGCAUGAUCAGAGUGAUGGAAGCCCACCAAAUGGUCCACAUCAUGAACCGUAAAACGGUUCGCGUCACAGCUGAAGACGAACAAUAUAGAUUCCAGUCGGCGUUCUACAAUCCCCCUCCGUGGUCGGACGAACCUAGUUCGUACAUCCAGACUUUACGCUGGUGGCGCGAGAACUACUCCGACGCGUUGCUAAUAAGAAGAACAGACGACUAUCUUGAGGUUUCUCGCUUCGAUAGGGUACAACAGGAACACGCUCGCGGGUACCCUCCAACUGCACCAGAGCAGCCGUCGCAACGACCCGCAACAACGAUAACUAUUCCAAAGCUGUUCCCCAGGCAACUAUCUCCCGCUCGCCCGGAGGCUGCUGGACCACGGUCCAACACUCCUCCGAAUCCACCUGAACCACACUCGGGAGCAACGAAGCGAAAGCGUACCCUCGCCAUCAUGCCACAAGAAGUCGCGGCACCACCAGCGAAGUCCCGCCGUAGUCCAACCCGUCGCUCCCCUAGUCGCAGCCCUCAUAGAGGACGAGCACCAUCACGUAGUCCUCCACGUCGCUCGCCUACUCGCGGCUCCUACGGGAGACGAACACCGCCACGCAGUCCACCGCGUCAGGCCCCUAGUCAUGGCUCUCAGGGGAGACAGGCACCACGCCAACCUCCCGCUCACCGCUCUCGCUCCAGGUUCCCCGUGCGCGAAGUGCCUUCGGAGAGACAUGGAAAGGUGGAACCUUGCACCUUCUGCAGGCAGAUGGGCCAUUAUUCAUCGGAUUGCGAUGCCUACCCCUAUCUUUCCACGCGGCUAGACAUAGCCAAGAGAAGGGGAAUUUGCAGCAACUGCCUCAAGGUUCACUGGGCCUCGUGCCUCCGCAGAGACCCUUGCAGUUUGUGCGAGGAGGAAGGGCAUCAUAGAUCGUUCUGCGUGCUCAAUCCGUUCGCCAUCAACGAUCUGGGCAACAUGCCGCCGGACGAACUCUACGAGAUGCUCAGCUACCACACUUACGUACCACCGCCCGAAGGAGGCGUUCCUCGCCGACGAUACGACCGACCUCUCCGAGACCGGUACAGGACACAGGACGCCGACCGCCCGGGACCUUCUCGCCAGCCGGCACGUGAGAGAGUGCGAGAGCCUUCGCCACGACCUUCUGCCUCGGAAUUGGCUAGGGAUAUGGGGUUCUCCCCGGACGUCAGCGACGACUCGUAUUAG